AUGAAUACUGAUACACCAAAGUCGAAGGACCAAGUUCAGGAAGAGGAUAAAUUUUGGACUGAAACUGGGCGGCAAUUCUUUUCUGUUCCUCAUGCAUCUUUGGUUUCUUGCCUAAAAAAUCAUGUAUGGCAUUGUAAUCAUAUUUAUUCAAAGGUAAACCACAUUGUUUCUAAAUUGUCCGAAGAUACGGACAAAUCAAGACAUGGAACAGAAUCUUCUCAAAAUGAGUCCGAUACAUCGAAUUUUGUUCCUAAAUCGAUAGUAUUUCCGCUAAAGGCAAACAACACACGUGGUUAUGAUAAUAAAUCGUCAUUGUUUGGCGAAUUGUUGAACAUAAACAGUACUAAUAAUUACGGAAUUUUUAACUACCUGAACGGCAACACAACUGAUUCGCUAUCUAACGACCAGAUUCAUGGAAUUUUAGAAAAUGACAAUUAUUUUAAUCCACUGGUUUCUGCAAAACACGAUAGCAGCCAAAGACUUCCACAUAUCAACGCCACUUCACUGCCAGACGCUAUUCAUUUGUCAAUUUACUGUCCAGAAAAUAGUUUGAAUAUAAAGAAUGAAAGCAAAGAGCCAUGCCUACUCAGCAAAGAUAAUAUUCCAGAAAUAUUGUCUGGUCCAUCGCCAGCUUGGUUCUCCAAAGGAGCUGUGCCCAAGUACAAGAAAGGUUGUGAAAUAGGUCCAAAGUAUAAAAAGUGUGAUGGAGUUCUUGAUAAACCAAAAGGAUAUCUGUUUGAUCCUGUAUGGGAAACUGAGAAUGAUGUCAGAAUUGGGAAUACCAUUGAAGGUAGUACAGAUUUAUUGAAAUUCCAUGAUAUGUCUGAUUCCAGCGCACCAUCAAGAAUAGACUAUAGCCCAUUACUAUAUACCUUUGUAAUGUCAAAACCGUCAUCGAUAUGCAAACGGUGUCUAGGAUUCCCAAUGAUUACAUGUCCUUUGUGCAAUACAGAUCCUAAUGCUACCAAAUCAACAAGUACAAACACUAAAAGUGCGUGUUUUAAUAGCCAACUCCAUUUUGACGAUAAAUACCAAAUGGUUUACAACAGUAUGGAUAUUUCAAAAUUGAGGAAUAUAACCGAUGAAACAAAUAACGUACAACCAAACAAUGCAACUUCAAAAACAUUUUUAAAUACAGAUGAUGAAAUUGUUUCUACAUUGCACAAUUACUUGCAAACUUUGAAUAGUCUAGGCUCUAAUCUUGAAAAGCUAAUAAAGAGAGUUGAAGAUGAGAGAAGACCAGACUACUCUCGUUGGUCAAAAGUAGAAAUGAAAAUGCUAGAUAGCUAUAUAGAACAAUAUAACGAUAAAACUUUGGACACACGAUAUACCUAUACCACACAAAAGCAAAGUUUUGAUGUAUUAAGACUACGUUUAGGCUGUCCAAAGAGUUCAUGUCUACCUUCUCAGUGGACUGAUCGUGCAUUGUGUAGUAUUUGCGGAAGCGAUGAAGAUUGGGAUGAUGAUCCUAUUCUUUUUUGUGAUUGUUGUUAUCUUCCUAUGCAUUUUUGUUGUCUAGGUUUUAAACCAGGUACUAUGAAUGAUCACUCCAAACACAUUAGACGAAGACACCAUUUAUCAAAGUGCGAUGACGACGACACUGUUAUUGAUGACGAUGAAUGGUUGUGUCCAUCAUGUUCCUUCUUACUUGAUCAAAUUUCAUUCAUUGAUGAAUCUAUUUCAUUUCCUAUUGUAAGGAUUGCGGCCGGUCCAAAAAAUAAAAAGCAAAUCGAUAUAAUAUCUGAUGAAAAGCCUUUGUGGGAUCACGAUCAAUUGGAUUCAUCAAAACUUCCUUAUAUAAUAGGUUUUGAAUAUGACAAUCCGUACCAGAAAAUACAUAUAUGUUUUGUCGCCGAAAAAUCUCUAAACGAUUCUACGCUAGGAACAGCGGGAAUACCUGAGUUUACUGAUUCUAUGACUCUGCCUAAAAUGUUAUCUUUGAAGAAUGCUCCUACGCUGAUGAUUUAUGAUUUGAAAAAUACCAAGCCUACUUCACCUUACACCUCUAACGCUUACAAUUAUAAUUUGGAAUAUAUCGCCUAUAGUUCAAGCCAAUUUAAGAGCUUUAAGGAUUUUGCAUCAAAUAUAAUGGUAGACAAUGCAGUAUUUUUCGAAGAAAGGUUCCAUCUAUUACUGUCUAGUGGAGAUUACCAUGCCACACUUGAAUACCUAAACUAUGUAUCGCAAGAGGACUCAUGUGUCUCUAGGGCAAUCCAACAGGAUAUAAUUGUGGAAUCUAAUAGAGUAUCUGGACAAAAGAAGGGGAAAAAAGGAGAUAAAGGGGCAGUAUCUCAGAAUAAAACCGUGAAACCUAAUUCAAAUGAAAUUGUUUUCGACAGGGAAGAUCAUUAUACUCUCAACUGCAAAAAUCCUUUGAAGAAGCUUGCUAUGUCAGUAAAAUACACUGAUGAAAUAUUUUUCAACCUAAAGAUCCCAGUUUGUAUUUUUUGUGGAUUUGAUGCCUACUAUCCCGGUGGCGGUCCUAUGAAACGUACAUCAAAUAUUGGAACAUGGGGACAUGUGAAAUGUGCUAUUGCAAUGGACUGUACUAUAAAUCCUACAGAAAUUGAUUAUUCUACGUUUGUUCCUAAGGUUAAAGCAUUGAAAUGUCUUAUAUGCCAUAAUUGGAGCACUUCUAUCAUACAGUGCUCAUUCGGUUCUUGCUGUAAGGCGUUUCAUGUGCCAUGUGCAGCGUCCUCGCCACAGUGUCUCUUUUCAUGGGACACUAACGGUCGUCCUGACGUUCUAUGUCCAACCCAUGCGAGUGGUCUUGCACCAACUGUACUGCUACGGAAGCUUCAGUCUAAAUUGCAACAUCAGAAUAAAAAAAUAAGGGACGUGAAAUCAUCCAUUGAAUCUCUUUCUCCCAAGGAUGAUGUAUAUCUUACACACUUUCUCCAACCUAACUAUCGAUCUGUUGCUAAUGUAAUUCAGAAUCUCCUAUUACUGGAUAAAAAUAUAUUUGCUUUUCCGCUAUCUGGGGACUUCCUCUCAAAGGAUAAUCCUGGUACCGCAAAUACUAGAAAUCAUGUUACAAAGCCGAUUGAAGAUGGUCAUGUUGGAGAUGAUUCGUCCACAAAAGUAGCAUCUGAGGAUUCGAUAUCAUACAUUCCAGAGAGCAGUUGUCCUGUAAAUAAUAUAGAUUCCAAAGAUUGUGUUUGGUGUUGUCUUAAUAUCGAUGAAAGUGGACAUAAUAACAAAAUAUUUGAUGACAAGACACCAUCUACAUAUACAAUUGGUUCUAUUUUAUUUUCAGAUUAUACGGCAGUCAAAAGUGAAUGCAUGAAGAUCAUAAAGGAUGAAAAGACAGAUUAUUGUAAAGCUCCUCCUGGUAUCUUAGCGGAGUUAUGUGAUGUAUCUCUACUAGAUGAUAAGAUAAUGCAUAUUAUACAUGGUGAUUUUGUGUCUGGCCAGAAACUGAUUUAUGAUUCUGAAACAAAGGUCUAUAGAACAUCAUUGGAUGGUUUAACUCGGCUGUUCAACCUACUUUAUGUUGAGGACUAUGAAGGUAAUAUGAUGGAUACAUUCAAGUUUUUACUUGCACAUAUUAAUAAAAUACGGGCCAUAGACCAUGAUAGACAAUCGCACUUUGAAGCUAAAUCGGUGAUGGAUAUUUUUAAUUGUCUUAAUUCACAGACAUUGUACAACACCGGUUCACAAUACACAGUUGAUUCACAGCUACCCAAAACUCACUUUUCAUCUGCGCACGAUGACACGGAAUCGCACAACACAGAUGUUGACAGCGCAGCUGUAGAAGAUGUAAAAACAGAAAAAACAAUUAAACCCCAAUUAUAUGAUGUACUUAGGGGUUUAAAUGCCAGUAUAUUAAUGAAGCUUAAUGCUAACUUACUUCCCUCGGCAAUAUUGCGAUCUGUAGGAUCCAUAAGACAGUCAUUAGAUAUGGCAGAAGAUUCAAACCUAUCUAGAGAUUUUGGAAUUUGUUCAGGAUGUCUUGAAUUUAAAGCCAAUGAGCAACAUUCCAAUUAUCAGUAUCAAGUAAAGAGAAAAAGAUCAACUCACGCUGAAUACUUUAGAACAUGCAAAGUAUGUAAUGCUGUGGCAUGUAGCAAUUGCUUGAUUACUAUGGAAUCAAUUAGAAAGUUGGAUAACUCUGAUGUUGAAGAUAUUGAAGUUAGCUCGCUUGAGGAAGGAUUCGAAAAUUUGCAAGAUUUUUCAUUUACGUGUGUUAGGUGUCAAAGUAUGAUUAAUAAUCCUGAAUUACCUUUGCUUUGUUGUGUUUUGUGUUCCAGAUUUGAUGGACUAUUAGUUAGGAUCAACCCUAACUUGAUAACCUAUUAUUCUCAUUGGGGAUGCGAAUGGAAUGAAUUUGCAUAUGUUCAUUUAGUUUGUUUGGAAUGGCUUACAUGGAGCAAGCAACUUGGACAGGUCUUUAAGAAAUUGCCAAAAACGUUAUUUGAGCAUCCUUGUUAUUAUUGUGGUGUUAUGGCCGGUGCUACAAUGCAAUGUGCAAAUAACUAUUGUAAUGUUCGCUUCCAUGCUUCUUGUGCAGGUAUUUUGGGUUGUAAAGUGGACAUGAGCAAAAAGGUAGAGGGAGUUAAUACCACCAGAAGGGCACUAUGCUUGAGACACACCAUGAUAAAUAUUGGUCGUUCUAGUGCGGUGGAACGAAAAUUUAUGGUCGCACCUAGUUACCUAUAUGAAAUAUUGGCAUCCAUUAGUUGUUACAUUAAGUCUUUCUUCUCAGGAGCCUAUAUAUCAAAGCAUUGUGUUAACACAAAGGCUAGGCUUUCAAAUACAUCUAAAUCGCUAAAGAACACAAACUUUGGACGGGUGAAAAGCCAUAAAUCUAGCGACUCUAUGAAACAGAAGCUCAACGUUCUAAAAAUUGUCAACUAUAUUAACUUGGGGCUUAUAGCCCCCAGUGCAAAAUCUUCACCCAUUCCUUAUGAAACUUCUCUACCAGAUUCGAUAGCAAGGGAUAGAUUGAUACAAGCCAUGAAUUAUGCAGCUAUGAAUGGUAUGAAUGCCGCCCAAAGAGAUUGGGAUAGAAAAGAUAUUAAAAUGAUAAUUUCAAUGCUAAAAUCUGGACUAUUGAAGCCUAUACAAGGGAGCAAACGUGGAAGAAAACCAAAAUCCUUGGAUGGCUCGGAUCAUGAUCGCAGACAUAAAAUGUCAAUGGAGGAGAUACUGAGAUAUGGACACUCAGGACAGUUACCUGACGGGGAAUUUUAUUGUCCAAUAUGUUUUUGUGUUUAUUUCGAAACUGCGCCAGGAUUACCAGGUGACGACCUUCAUUGGAUUGGUUGCGAUCGGUGCGAAAGAUGGUUUCAUUUCGUAUGUGCUGGUGUAUGGACGGAUUCAAAUAUUGGUCAAAACAAAUCGAACUGGUAUUGCCCUACCUGUGUUCCACACUUGGAACACUAA